ACGAUGUAAUCUGCUUUACUUGACACCUUGUUGUUGCCGCCCUAUCUGGCCAGUGAUUGGCUGUUCGGAGCUUCUCAAACACGCCAUUGGUUGAGACAGAUGUUCAUCAGAGCGGUUUUUGCCUCAGGAGAGAAAAGUAUCGGCACUCUUGCUUCUGUCAGCGAGACAGUGAUGGGGACGAGCAGCCAGAGCACCACCAUCAUAGAAACUGAAGAUGACGUCCCCAAUUCCAAUCAGUUUUGCGAUGAAGCUGCAAUGUGCAUUUUAUCUGUGAAAGGCUUGAAAGAGAACUGGCAGAAGUGGUCCGAUGAGCACCGGGAGUAUCAGAAGCUCAACCCCUUCAGUCACGGCACCAGGCCCAGUGUGGUGGCCCCUCAGAGAGGCCAGGACGACUACGGGAAACCCCUGCAGGGCUCCAUGACAGAGCAGAGGGGGAAGGAUGCUCACACAAAUAUAAGCAGAGAAGUUGAGGAGCUGUGUGAGGUGAUCAGGAACAUUGGGGAGCCAGGAGACAAAGAUGGGGAUGGAGGAGGUGAUGGAAAGGUGGUGACCGUAGAAUUUAGGAAACUGUUCGAGCAUUAUGUGACCAUCUCUAAUAAACUGGUGGGUGUUCUUCUACGAGCGAGGAAGCAGAGGCUGGUUGACUUUGAGGGGGAGAUGCUUUGGCAAGGGAAGGAUGACCAUGCAGUAAUCACUCUGUUGCCGUGAUCAGAACAUUUAUGCCUUCAUUCAACUUUCAUGCAGUAUAUUGAGUGGCAAGUAUAGAGCUACUUCAUGGCAGCACUCACUGUGGUAUUCAGAUAUCAGAAAGAUUGCAAUAUUUGUAUUUAAGUUAUGUAAUGAUGCUCCUAUUAAGACAGAAAUGUUUGAUUUGAGUUGCUCACACAAGGAAAACACCUACAUUAGUGUAUGAGACAUAUUUUCUCCUCAUGCUACAAACAAUCUUCUAAAAAUGUAAAAAGUGCAGAAAAAGAAAACUCUGGAACAAGAUUUAUUCAAAAUGAUAAAAUACAAAUAUAAAAAACACAAAUAAAGAGAAACAGAUUGACGAUGACACAGCUAAGAUAUUGUUACCAAAUCAACCUAAUAUGUAUUCUAAGUGGCUUCAAAAUGUUUACAAUUUUCAUGUUUACACUAUUUCACUGACUACAUUUCUCUGUGUUGCUUUAUCAAAUCUUUGCCAAACAAAUACCUUUCACUAUGUUCCCUUUGCUAGGUUUCUAACGUGGUUGAUGAGCCUGAACUAAAGCCAAAGAGAACAUGAGGCUGCCUGUGACAGACAAUAUGGUGCUAUAGGAUGAACUUGAUCCCAGCGUGCUUGAGAGCAUGAAUUUAUUACAAGUGUGCUUUGUAAUUUAACCCUUUACGGUUUGAAAUUUCGUACACCUGCACCACACUGAGAUAGAUGUACAAUAAACUACAAAUGCUGCUCAAAUGAAAUACACUAUAAGCUAUGCACUGACUGAUAAAUGCCAUAUUAAAUGUUGCUUGUAAAAGUUAUUUCUUAGGAUAAGGCAGUAGUAGAUUGUUAAAUGUGCAAUAACUGCUUUCGGUAUUAUAAUAAAGAAAUAAACUGAGUAGCGCCCUGUCUGUUAUGCUGUUACUGUGGGUGCUUUGUGAACUGUAAGCACUGGCUGCUGUAGUUAACCUAAUGACUGAAGAGAGGAGUAAACGGAUACCUCGGACUCACUGCAUUAGGAACACACUGAGAGCUGGCAAUUUAUUAUUUAUUCUUAGUUAAAUUAAUUCUUAAAGUGCAUACAACAUCAUACAGUAUACAGUAUGAUGUUUAUUCUUUACAUUCCCUAGUAUACAGCAGUUUCGUCAUAGCAUACAUAUUCACUUCAUUCAGCAACAAGUUAGUUCAAAUCAUUAACUUCCAAAAUCCUCAGAAUUUCAUGAAAUCAAAUGUCAUUUUUAAACAAAUGCCUCGUUUUUUUGUCAAGCUCAUUAAUACUUAGCUGCUUCUGCUGUAAAGGAGCCCUACAGUACAUAGUUAAUGAAGAUGUUACUCUGUAUAUCAUUAAAUAAAUACAUUAACAUAGCUGAGGAACUUACAGCUGUCCAAAAUGUUGUAUCAAUAUAUGAAUAACACUAAAUCA